UCUGGCGCUGUAAUCGCAACGUGUAUUUACCAUUUUAUUCCAACUCGAUCUGUCAGUCGAUAAGACGAGUGUAAAAAAGAGAAUACUGAAACAAAAAAGUGGAGCGUGUGAUCUUUUUAGCCGUUAGAAAUAGAACCUUGUUUUUUUGUAUAUGUUGUGGCCCCCUUCUUUGUAGUCGGAAUGCUCGGAGUGGGCUGAAAAUAAUUUCAUAUUCACAGACAGACGUGGAUCGAUUCACCGCCUGAUAGGUCGUAGUCGAGACGAGACGAGACAGAGUUUUAAAAGAGAGUCAUCUGUUGAAAAGCAAAAAACGAGAGGACCUCAUUGAAGUGCAGUGUUUGAUUACACAAUAGCAUAUCAGCAGAUGGAGCGUCGCUGGAAGAUGGCGUGAUACACAAAACUAGACAAGAAGAAGAAGAGGGAAGUUAUCGUCGCCAAACAUGAAUCUGAUCCAGCAGCAGCCAUCGAACACUGGCGAACAAGGAGUCAUUGAGAACAAGAUCGUGGAACAGCCAUCGUGUUCCAGACAAUCCUCGCAGGACGAUGUCGACAGUUCUCCAGCAGUUGGCGUCAAACCAUCAGUGAGCGAUGACAACGGGAUGAAUCCGCCCAUCAAUCUCCCCGCCAGCUUGGAGAGCCUACCGAGGGCCGAACACUUCCCUACACAGAGGCAUCGCUGGAACACCAAUGAGGAGAUUGCCGCCGUGUUGAUCAACUUUGAACGUCAUCCCGAAUGGCUCUUCAAAGAAGUCAAAAUCAGACCGAAAAGUGGCUCGAUGUUGUUAUAUUCGCGCAAGAAAGUGCGCUACCGUCGCGACGGCUACUGUUGGAAAAAGCGCAAGGACGGCAAGACGACGCGAGAGGAUCACAUGAAACUCAAAGUGCAAGGAACAGAGUGCAUUUACGGCUGUUACGUUCAUUCGGCCAUUCUGCCCACUUUCCAUCGACGAUGUUAUUGGCUUUUGCAGAACCCGGACAUUGUGCUGGUGCACUAUCUGAACGUGCCCUAUCCGGACGACGCCAAACUGUUGGUAGUUGCCAGCGUGUCCUUGUGGGCCGAGCGCAAGGAAUGGAGCAAGGACGAGCUCAUUUCGCAGUUGAGACCGAUGUUUUUGAGCCAGGACGAACCCAAUUUGAACAACGAACUGGAAGUCUCUACGGCCGAAACGGUGGAAGCCAUCGUCAGCCAACUGAUGGAGAAACAGAGACUGGCCCGCACUGGUGGAAGCGUUGGGGCCGUUCCGGUGGCCGUCAACGGACACAUUUCGAACGCACCUCAACGCCAGCAGCAGCAGCAGCAACAACUUCAGGGUGUAGGUGGUGGAGGAGGUCGGGUUGGCAACAGCAGGACAUCGGCCAACAUGGAAGCACAGGUUCACCAUAAUCACAAAGUUGGUGCGGAUGCGUCGAGUCUGAACGAUUUGGCGACGGGCCAUAGCCUUCCACAUUCCCUUAGGCGGCUCUCUAAUGGCGGGCCAGCAAGUUCCUUUAUCCGAUUAGAGCCACGACCCGCUGCAUCACAUUCCAGCAACAUCCAGCAACGUCAGACGACAACGCCGGCAGAUACUGCUGGGCGGACGGUUCCGUCUGCCAGGGCGGAGACGGCCAAUUUCGGUCUGGGGAGAGGUGGUUCGACGCCAACCUCCAUGCCUUCGUCGUCGUCAUCAUCAUCGUCAUCCUCUUCCGUCCCAUCUUUCCACGCCGAGCAGAUCCAUCAUCACCCGGAGACGCCGCAAUGCCAACAGCAGGAUCAUCAGUUGCAACAUCAGCAGCAGCAGCAGCAGAUGAUCAGCGCCAAACAGGAAUCGCUCGAUUCCAAUUAUUAUUAUUCUUCAAAUAAUUGCAACAAUGCUGGCCAACAGCAGCAGCAGCAGCAGCCGACUGCCCAUCCUACCCCUCCUACACCGGCUCCCGUCCCCACCAUUAAUCAGACGGCGAUGAAUUUCAUGGAUCAUGGGAGCGGCGAUCAAGGCAACACGUUCCCUUCGUUCUACUCGCUUGUCAGCGCCAAUAACGCCACCAGGCGGGCCGACGAAAUGCUUUCCGGCCAUGGAUACAGGUUGCCGAUGGAUUGUCUGUUCAAUGAAACGCUGGACCUAUCGCAGGACGACAUCCAGCGAACGUUAUCGGCCAACUUGAGUCACGAAACGGCUUUUCACUGUAGUGGCGGCGGAGGUGGUGGCUCAAGCAACGAUGGCGGAGCCUCUUGUAGUGACGGCGGAUUAGGCAGAUCGAUCCGAUCCGUUGAAACGACGGCCGAAGAUGAUUUGCUAGUCAAUUUAGACGCGUUCGACAUGCUGACGGAAUUCUCGGAUUUGGAUUGCCACGACACCAUCGACUCGCUCAUCUCAAUCCAGACGGGCACGGCAGGCGGAGGACGAGCCUCCGGGUCACCUUCCGACGGAUCGGAUGGCAAAGACAUGAACGGCAUGAACGACAGGAUCCAUCAGCUCAAAGAUGUACCCUCUCCAUCGACCCUGUCUACGUCCGGUGAUUCCAUGCUGACAUCCAUUACGGAUUUCUCUCCGGAAUGGGCUCCGACUGAGGGUGGAAGCAAACUGCUCAUUACAGGAUCGUUCUGUUCGCCAACAUUGAGCGGCCCUUACAGCGUCGUCUUCGAUGGAAUAGCAGUCCCGGCCGUUUGGGUCCAGUUGGGAGUCCUUCGCUGUUUUUGCCCCCAUCAUAGUCCUGGAAGAGUGCAAAUGCAUGUGGCCCGUCAGGGAAUAGCCAUCACGCAAUCGGCCGUCUUUGAAUACCGUCAAACAUCUGCCGUCUCGAGUUCAUGUCAUCCGGAAGGAUCAACCGCCCAAUGGACGAAUUCGCUUCUGACAUUGUUGGUCGGCCGGCUGGAGUUUCUUGGAUCCCAUUUGAACGUCCAAGGAUGCGGCAUCGAUCAGCUGUUUAGCAGCUUGAGGGCCUAUCUGGAGAGCGGCGAAGUGGAAUUACAGAGCGCCGAAGAGCAGUUGGUGUCCAUCUGUCGCCAGUUGGUGACGAAACGCUGGCGGGUGAGCCCGCAGCAGCCGGGCGAAGAUGCCACGUCGUCCAAUGCGAACGGGACGCAUCACCAGCAAAUGAACCUACUCCACCUGGCGGCCGCUUUGGGCUUGUUGCGCGUUCUCUGCACUCUGCUCAAUUGGCGACUGGAGAACUCGUCGCCGGCGCUAGAACGCGAAAUGAGCCCGCUGGCCAACGACCAGCAAGGUUACACUCCGUUGAUGUGGGCUUGCGCCCAGGGCCACCGCGACGUCGUCGCUCUGCUGGCCCAAUGGGAUCCGUCGGCCCUCAACGUCCACGACCGAUCGGGCAAAUCCGCCUGGGACGUCGCGCGUCAAAGGGGCCACCACUCCCUGGCCGAAGAGCUGGAAACGCGCAGGAUCUUGUCCGUCCGACGCUCAACGGCCGAGCCUCCACUUCCGCCGCCAUCGCUCGUCCAGCUCAACAAAUCGAAUUCCACCAGCAAACCGGUCGAGUCGGUGGCCGCUCGCCAGAUGUUGCUGGCCAAACGCUCAUCCGUCGAUUCGGUGCCUAACAAUAACAACAACAACAACGAGCCGGCCGGAAAUAAUCACCAAGCAUUCUGGAGACGGCCCAACGCGGCCAAAGCUCAUAAGCUUUCCAGGGACGAUCGCAGUUAUUCGCUUCCACUGGGCGGAGCUGGCCAGGCUUAUCCAAGCGGCCGCAAUAGCACGGGCAGCAACGUGUCGUGCUUGGCUCACGAUCCGUCGCCUUCGCCGCACACGAUGGAUUCAUCGAAUCCAUGCGGGUCCCGAUCAGCAGCAGGAAGUGGCGUCCGACGUGAGAGCAUCAACUCGAUCGACCUCCAUCAGCAACAUCUGUCGCCGUUGACGAGCAUCGAGCAAAACACUCGCGUCCUGACGCUGGCCGAACAAAUCAUCGCCGCCAUUCCGGAUCGCAUCAAAAACGAAACGGAAGACAUGGUGGUGGGCUGGAGUCCGUGCAUGGAACUGGAGAUCAGCAGCGUCGUCAGCGAAGUGCAAAGCAUCGAAGGUUCCAUCGAUUUGGCCAUCAUUGCCGACGCGCCUCCCGACGCCAAUGAUUUGACGUUCGAAUUUAGUGAUCAACAAUACAGGUACUGCGAGACAGCGACGCCCAGCUCAAGUCUGUCUCCAGCGUCGUCCAGCUGCCUUCAAUCUCCGUGUUCCUUCUCGGUGAAUUCACCGUCGCCGCCGCCCACCACGGCCGACUUCAGUGAAUUUCUCCAGGCUUCUGCCAGUUUAUUUGUUCGCGAUUUUUCUAACUUGACGCUGUCGGAUCACGAACAACGCGAACUCUACGAGGCGGCCAAGACCAUCCAAAAGGCCUAUCGAUCCUACGUAGGACGGAAGAGGGCCGAGGAACAGGAGAAGGAACGGGCUGCUGCCGUGAUCAUUCAGAACUAUUACCGACGUUACAAACAGUACGUCUACCUGAAGCAGAUGACUAAAGCGGCCGUCGUCAUCCAGAACCAGUUCCGCUCCUACUACGAACACAAACGCUUCAAGAAGAACAUGGAGUCGCCGUCCACAUCCGCAUCAAACAAUGGAGCGGGGAACGCCGGAAUAGCCUCGGCGGCCGCCGUUGCCGCCGCUUACCGCAACUACCGCGAAACGUCGUUAACGGCCAGCUCUGCCCGCCAGAGUCGAGAAGGCACUCCGACCUCAUCCGCGCUCAAGCGGACCUAUUCACAGCGUCGGCAACAUCAGGCAGCGAGGAAGAUACAGCAAUUCAUGCGCCAAUCGAAAAACAAUCUUCUGGACGUUGUCGUGAAAUCGGUUGCAGAGAGAGAGGGCGUUACGGCGGGCGGCAGAGUCUCAUCCAGAGAUGCCAGUGGAUCUUCAACAACAACAACAACACAGAGCCCCGGUAGCGGUAAUAGCCCCAGCAAUUCAAGUUCCAGUAGUAGCGGAUCCGUCGGAAGUUCCAUGACCUAUCACAGUCUCAAUUGAACACGUGGCAAAAAUAAGACUUGCAGAGCGACAGCAAGAAAUGAAAAAACAAAAACAAAAACAAAAACAAUCGGAUUCAACAGUUUAACGUUCUGCGGCUUAAGUGGGAACUGGAACAACUUCGGCUGAAAAAAGCUGGAAAUUCAUUCGGUUUCGUAUGCUGUUCCACAACGGUCGAUCCCAAUUUUCUUCUAUUUUCUUACCCACUUGAUUCAAUCUCUUCUAUUUCAACUGGAAUACCUUCUUUUCUUCAGCCAACUGGAGGAUACACACCUCAUCGAUUUCCCGUCCGUUCAACUUCUGUGGACAUCCUUCGAAUUUCUUCUUCUUCUUCAUCCUCUCCGCCCCUCCUCCCACAUUUUGCGCAAAUGGAAAUCGACCCGCAUUUUCUUUUCCUUUUUUUUUUUUUUUUUUUUUUUUUUUUUUUUGACGCUUGUGUUGUUUUCUAUAAGAUUUCAAUCACAUUCCUCCAAACAAACUUUAUUUUGGUGCGGACGAACUAGAAACUAGCGAAACAAAAGUUUUUAUUCGUCCCCAUUGUUUCCUCCCUUUUUUUUUUUUUUUUUAUAAAGAUAAAACAAUCAAUCAAACUCGAUCAAAUGACGUGCACGAUGUGUGUUAUAGCGUUAGGGCAUUUAGAGGGCCCCAUACCUAUAUAUAUAAUGUAAUGUAUUAUUUUUUUGAAAAACAAAAACAAAAGAAUGAUGGGCUGUUCACGAGAGAGAGCCGAUAGUCCUCGGCGUGAACGUGUGUGAUUGCUCCUUACUUUUAAUUCUGUACAUAAUCAAGAUCGGUACUCAAGUGCGUGUACUAUAUUUAUGAGCCAUUGUUUUUAGUCGUGUAACGUUUCUUUGAUCAACCCUACCGGUGUUAUCUAAUCGAUCGUUUUCUUUUUUCCUUUUUUGUUUUUAAUGCAAUCAAAUCAAGUGCGCGUGUGCAAAGAGAAAGUAUAGUAACAGGGCUUUAAACAGCCCCCCCUCCCCAUUUUUUUUUUUUUUUCAAAUGUCAUCUAGUCUGUGAUGAUUUCUGUUUUUUUUUUCGUGCAUUUUUAUCUUUUCAUUCAGAAUUUUUUCACGUUUUUUCACGUCCGCUGGUUGUGCGAUUUUCGAAUUUUUUCUUUCCCGCGUUCGUUCCUGUUUGGGAAAUGCUUUUCUUUCACACCUGAAAAUCAUUCGCGUUGCGUAAUGCAGUUAAAACGCUCUCUAUUUCUUCUCUUGUUUCCGCUAUCGACAGGGUUUAGCUCCUCCCCUUUUUUUUGAAUCUUUAAUAAUAAUAAUAAAAAAAAAAAGGAAACCCCUCCCGAAAAAUGCGUAGUUUUUAAUAAAAAAAAACCCGAUAAAAGCUGCGAAUUUCGUCAGCUGUGUGGACGAAGUAUUCAACCAAUGUAUAUAUAAUUGAGUGAGGUAAGGGGGGGAGGGGCAGUGAGAGGAAGUUGGGAAAAGAAAAAAAGGAAGCGGAAUAAUAAGAUAUUGAUUCGACUGCCUCUAGCGCCCCGUUUUUGAAAGAAUAGUGGGAAGAACAAAAAAGAAAAAUGAAAUAAACUCCCCUUUUUGAUGAUUAUUAUACCUCAUAGAUUUAAAAAAGAGAAAAAGGAAAAGCCCAUCAAUUUGAUUCUUUUGUUCUUUUAUUCCUUUUGCAUCGACAGUUUGCGUAUUUCAAAUUCUGCUGCUUCCAUUUUUUCGAAUUGAAUUUUUUUUUUCUUUCUCGUUCACGUUUUCUAUCAAACUCAAAAUGUUCAGCAAAAAAAGGAAAUGCUCCAAAUCUUAUUAGUCGUGUUCGUUCUAUUCGUGAUGAUACAAUUUGUUUGUUUUUUUUUUUCCCUUCGCCUCUUUCCCUUCUAUGAAAUUACGUCACACCGCGCCAUUAAACUGCCGACCCCCAUUUCAAAUUGCGUUGCAUGGGGUUUUCUUGGUUCACCUCGUUCAAAAACAAAAGAGGGAAAUUCAAUUUGAAAAUACUUGUUGCCCUCCAUCGAAUUCAGUCAAACAAAGUCAUUGGUUCAAUCUGCUGCCACCGAGUUGCUCGGAGAAUCCCAUCGUGACACACUUGCUCCCCCUCUCCCCCCCCCCCCCCUCAUUCUCCUCGUGCGAAGUCAACCAUUUUGCCAAUUGUACCAUAAUUCACGCGUGAAAAGAAACUUGACUCGAAUGUCCUCCUUCCUCACCGCCCAAUUUCCCUCUCAAUCGUUUACACAGACACACACACGCUCACGCAGAAAGAAAACGCUCUUCAAAUUCGACUACGCCCUCCCCCCUCUAACAAUUGAAUAGUCUUGAAAUUUUUCUUCUCUUUCUCUCGUGUCUUUUUCUAUUUCUCUUCUCUUUUUUUUUUUUCAUUUUCGAACUCUUCCCUUUCAUCUUUUUGAUUCUAAAUGAUGCGAUUUUCUUUCCUCUAUGUAUAACAUCUCCACCUUAUUAUUAUCAUUAUUAUACAUAUACAUACUACAAAAAAAAAAUUAUAUCACUACUCGGACAGGUCUCUCUUUCCUCUCCCCCUCUUUUUGCAAUUUUUAUUCCCUGUUGUAUUCAAAUACAAAAAGAAAAAGGAAGAAUAAUUUCCCUGUGCAAAUUACACACUUCCGGAAA